AUGCUGGACCAUUGCUCAAUCUCGCACAAAGGAGGUAUUGUAUUAUGGUCACGCUCCUUUACCCCAGAGGCAUCUUACUUGGCUUCUUCUCCUUCGUCUCCCGUAAAUUCUCUCAUACGUGAAGCCUUGAUCGAAGGGCGGACAGCCGAGGAGAAAUACGAGAAGGACGGAUACGCAGUGAAGUGGACAUUCUUUAAUGAUCUGGAGUUGAUUUUUGUGGUUGCAUAUCACCGCAUUCUUCAACUAACUUAUGUGGAUGAUCUCCUGGCUGCUCUCAAAGCACUGUUUAUAAAACUAUUCGAGCCAUUCCUGGCUACUUUCGUCGCUUCGCUGCAUGCAAUAAAAAGCGGGAAACUCGUAUCAACUGCUGCGCGCGACUCUCCCAAGGCGUGGAACUUUGCAAAAGCAUUUGAAGGCUGGGAUGGUGUCUUCGAAAAGCUCUUGAAGGGAUUUGAAGACAAAGCUGCUCAGGAACGGAAGUCUCGCUAUAGGCAAGUGGCUCCAGCUCUGCCCGACUCCAGUCCUCCUUCCGAUGACCUCAUUCCCUCCGAAUCGUCCAUUGCAGUGCAGGAUGAGCAACAGAUAGCUCGGAAUGUACAAGCACUCAAGAAUAGACUGCGUGGCCGGGGUGGUCGGAGAGGGGGCCGAGGUGCGACGAGAGUGGACUCGGAAAGUGGCCGGGACAGCAUGCCAACUUCAGACUCCGAGUCAACGAGUAAAAGGGCGAAAGGGAAGGCGCAGCGGAAAUGGGCUGAAUCGGCCCCGUCAGAAACAGAAAUGGCCUCUUUGGACUUUAGCAUCGACAAGCCUGACUCCGGCACACGUGGUCAUUUAUCGCACGACCUGCAAGCCCUUGUAGACAAGGCUUCUCUCGGAACUAGGACAAGGGAUGGCUUUUAUGAGGUGAAAGAUUGGGACUUUGGUGGAAAGGACGACGAGGCGAAUGGCGCUAUCACCCGUGCUUUGAAGAACGAGGCUGCAAAGCAGCCAACAGGCUCAUUGGGCGCUCUGAGUUCUUUGUUCUCGCGUUUGACAGGCUCCAAAGUUUUAACCGAACAAGAUUUGAAGCCUGUAUUGGAGGGGAUGAAACAACACCUUAUGAAGAAAAAUGUCGCCAUGGAAAUUGCAGACAAGGUCUGCGAAGGUGUCGGAGAGAGUCUCGUGGGGAAGAAAGUGGGAGGAUUCCAAACCACCAGCAACGCUGUUCGGACGGCACUGUCCUCUUCGCUCACUCGUAUUCUAACGCCCAAGACCUCAACAGACUUAUUAUUGUCAAUCAGGACUAAACUUUCUUCUCCCCUACCUUCCGCUCAACAAAGGAUGCCUUAUAGCAUUACUUUUGUGGGCGUGAACGGCGUAGGAAAGAGCACAAACUUGUCAAAAGUCUGUUUCUGGCUCAUCCAGAAUGGCAUGCGAGUGCUCAUUGCAGCCUGUGACACUUUCCGGAGCGGUGCGGUCGAACAGCUUCGCGUACAUGUGCGCAAUCUUUCUAUGCUUGGCGUCAACGGCGCAACGAAUAGCAAAGGCCGUGUUGAACUUUAUGAGAAAGGGUACGGGAAGGAUGCUGCGGGCAUCGCUAAAGAAGCCAUCGCAUAUGCCAAAGAUAAUGACUUUGAUGUGGUCUUAAUCGACACAGCUGGGCGCAUGCAAGACAACGAGCCUCUCAUGCGUGCACUUGCCAAGCUUGUCUCCGCAAAUAACCCAGACAAAAUAAUCUUUGUCGGCGAGGCGCUCGUUGGCAACGAGGCCGUCGACCAGCUUACUAAGUUCGACCGCGCCCUUCGCGACUUUUCGUCUGCAUCCGGCUCGGGCAAGGGGCGUGGCAUCGAUGGCAUGCUAGUGACCAAAUGGGACACAGUGGAUGACAAGGUUGGUGCAGCGCUCUCGAUGACAUAUGUGACAGGCCAGCCAAUUAUUUUUGUCGGAUGUGGCCAGACAUAUACAGACCUCCGGCAGCUGAGAGUUGCAAACGUUGUACAGGCGAUACUAAGCGAUUGA